GAUCCUCUCUCCUCCCACUGCAGAGGGUUCUGCAGGUUUAUACGACUGGCCGCUGUUCUUCACUUUGUGUUGCCACAGAGCUGUCAUCCAGAUCACUCACGAUGAUUUUCACGCUCUUCUCCGCAACGACAUGGACUUUAUUGGCUCUUUUCUUCGCCGUCCUUUUCCUAUAUGGGAUCUGGCCGUAUCGGGUUUUCAAAAACAUGGGCAUCCCCGGACCGAUGCCCAUGCCGUUUGUUGGAAAUAUUCUGCAAAUAGGGACGGACCUUUUGGGCUUCGACCGUCGGUGCCUGGCCAAGUAUGGAGAGGUUUGGGGAGUUUUCGAGGGACGUCAACCAAUCCUGAUGGUUGCAAAUACUGAGAUCCUCAAAGCUGUGUUGGUGAAGGAGUGUUACAGUGUGUUUACAAACCGCAGGAACUUUUUUGCAGAAGAUGGACCACUAGCUGAUGGGAUUGCAGUUGUUAAGGAUGAACAGUGGAAGAGGAUCCGCAGCUCGUUCUCUCCAUGCUUCACCAGUGGAAAACUGAAACAGGUUUAUCCCAUUGUUACAGGCUACGCAGACCGACUCGUUGAAAAACUUGGACGAAUGAAUUUGGAUGAACCAGUUGAAAUUAGACAAUUCGUGGCACCGUACACCAUGGAUGUUGUGGCCAGCACAACUUUUAGCGUGGAAACAGACUGUAUAAAUAACCCAGACGACCCCGUUAAUAUUCAAGCCCAGAAAGCAACAACCUUCAAUUUUUGGCCUCUUAUUUUAAAAACAAUGGUUCCUCUCGGUGAUCUCCUGUUGAAGCUCUUCAAAUUUGAAACUCUCCCCAGAUCUAGUGUGGAUUUUUUUUAUGAUAUCAUCAAGAGACUGAGAGACCAACAUAAGGCAGGGAAACUGACUCGACCAGACUUUCUCGAGGUGCUGAUGGAGAGCGAGAUACCAGAAGAAGAUCUAAAGAAGGGAGAACCAAGUAAAGGUUUGACAGAACAUGAGGUAAUUUCCCAGGCCUUUGGCUUUGUAUUGGCUGGCUAUGAGACAACCUCCACCACUCUGACUUCCAUCCUCUACAGUCUUGCCACAAAUCCUGAUGCAAUGCAAACUCUGCAAAAAGAAAUCGAUAGCAGACUACAGAAAGAUGGACCGAUUUCCUAUGAAGAGCUGAGUGGUCUGGAGUAUCUGGACCAGGUUAUUAGUGAGUCAAUGCGUUUGCUUCCAGCCGCACCUCGACUUGACCGGGAGUGCAAAAAGACCAUAGAGAUCCAUGGCUUCACCUUCCCGAAAGGAACCGUGGUUGGGGUUCCUGUGUCUCUUUUACAUACGGACCCACGUUUCUGGGACUCACCUGAGGUUUUCCGGCCAGAGAGAUUCAGUAAGGAGAAUGCAGCAGAGCUGAACCCGUAUGCUUACAUGCCCUUUGGUCUGGGGCCUCGUAACUGUGUGGGGAUGCGCUACGCGCUCCUCAUCAUGAAGGCGGUUAUCGUGCGGCUCUUGCAGAAUUACGACGUGGAAACGUGCAAAGAGACCUUGAUUCCCAUGCAGUACGAUACACAGUUUCAACCCAUCAUACCAAUAAAACUCAAGUUUGUUCCAAGAAAACAAUAAAGUUACGACCAGUGUGAUCUGCAUCUAACUCAAGUGGUAGUAUAAUAGAAUAUCAGUAAACGCUAAUUACACACGUGAUUCUAUUAUUCAAAUCUGAUGUAUUUGACUAAUUUUGAGAAGCAUAAAGGUGUUUGGGACUUUUCUGUUAACUAAAAAAAUAAAUGUUUUUACACCUCCA